UCGGCGGCCAAGUGACUGUAGCAUUUGAGUGGACGUCAAGAUGAUCCGAGCCGGGAGCAUGCAGAAGCGGUCGUUCUACUCGGUCGUGCACAAGUACCUCGAGGCGAACAAGCGCUACGGCUGGAAGGAGUGCUUGUGGAAGCUCUACAACCCCGGUGACAUCAAGUUUGGCAAGGAGGUCGGCGAAGACCAGUUUGGCAACAAGUACUACGAGGACACGACCGAGCUCCAUGGCCAGCAGCGCUGGACCGAGUACAAGGUCAAGACGCACGACGAGUUUGGCGGCGACCAGAUCCCGCCCGAGUGGCACAUCUGGAUGCACUCGCUCUCGGACGCCAAGCCCGGCGAGGCGGGCCAGAACCCGGAGAACUGGUCCAAGGUGCCUAUCUCGACGGUCUCGAACGCGCCAUACACGAGCCAUGUCGGCCCCACGAAGCCGUUCACGGACAACCAGACGACGUACCGCAGCCGCGGCUACGGCAUUGACAACUACAAGUGGCUCAAGGCCAACGAGCCGGAGCGCUACUACAUGCAGCCCAACCACCCGCUUCGCGCGCGCAAGCGCCCCGCGACUAUCUACGACGAAAUUGACUACAACAACCCGGACGCGGCGCCCGAGCACUCGUCCGAGCCGUUGAUGAAGUUGGAUAAGAACUAAGCGCGCGGCCACUCGGCGAAGCCGUCGCC